CUCCCGGGUCUCCUCCCCUCUCCCUGCCGGAUCAGGCCGAGCUCUCUGUUGUCUGGUCCCUGUUACCGGUAAUGAUGAUGCGGGUACGGUGUGCGCUGUUUCUGUGGGUGCUGUUGGCCGGAGUAUCCGGGGAGCCUGGGGACCAGGAGGAGGAAGAUCCGCACAGCCAGCACCUCUACUCGGCCGAGAUGUUCACCCACGCACUGAAAGAGUCGCCGCACUUCAUUAUGUUCUUCGCACCUUGGUGUGGGCAUUGCCAGCGUCUACAGCCAACAUGGAAUGAUCUAGGUGACAAGUAUAACAAUAUGGAAAAUACUCCCGUCUAUGUUGCAAAAGUGGAUUGUACAGUAGAUAGUGCCAUCUGCUCUGAAAACGGUGUCCGUGGCUACCCCACUCUGAAGUUAUUUAGACCGGGUCAAGAAGCUGUGAAGUACCAGGGAGCAAGGGAUUUUCAGACCUUGGAAGACUGGAUGCUCCGUACAUUAAAAGAGGAACCAGAACAACCAGAAGCUGAACAAGCAGCACCGAAAGCCCCAGAUGCCAAGAAUGGCCUGUAUGAUCUCGCCAAAUCAAACUUCAAAGAUCACAUAGCUGAAGGAAACCACUUUAUCAAGUUCUUUGCUCCCUGGUGUGGACACUGUAAAUCUUUAGCCCCUGCGUGGGAACAGCUUGCAUCCUCAUUUCAAGAAUCUCCAACUGUCAAAAUUUCCAAGGUUGAUUGUACUCAGCACAAUGAGCUGUGCUCCCAAAACCAAGUGCGGGGAUAUCCCACAUUGCUCUGGUUUAGAAAUGGUGAAAAGGUGGACCAGUAUAAAGGAAAGCGGGAUCUGGAUUCCCUUAAAGAAUACGUAGAAAGCCAGCUUAAGUCUGCAGAAGACAAGGAAGAUGAUGGUGCUCCACCUCAAAAAGAGGAGCCAGCUCCAGUUGUUGAAUCCAAGGUCCUGACACUUACAGAAAACAACUUUGACCAGACAGUUGCUACAGGCAUAAGUUUCAUCAAGUUCUAUGCACCAUGGUGUGGCCACUGUAAGAAUCUAGCUCCUACAUGGGAAGAGCUUUCUAAGAAAGAGUUCUCUGGUUUGAGUGAUGUUAAAGUAGCCAAGGUUGACUGUACAGCUGAGCGAUCCCUUUGCAACAGAUUCUCGGUGCGGGGAUAUCCUUCUUUGCUUCUCUUCCGUGCAGGGGAGAAGAUUGAUGAGCACGAGGGAGCCAGAGAUCUUGAAACUCUACAGAACUUUGUUCUGCGUCACUCAAGAGAUGAGCUCUGAGUCUGCUGAACCCUAUGGGUUUGUGCUGCCUGGCUGGGCCAAACAGUUACUGAAUUAUUUUCUUGCCGUACUUGGGUCAAUCCACAUCUACCAGUUUAUCUUCUUGGAGUUACACAUGAGUCCCCGGGCAUGAAGGAAGAAAGAUGUAGCCUCUUGGUUUUAUCUUUUAAAAAAACUGCCAAAAGACAUCUACAAAACACCUCAGGAUGUAGUUUAAAUUGCAACUACUACGGACAAGCUUUCUGUUUUAGUAAUCACUUGGGUGUUCAAUUUCCUAAUAAGUCAACCAAACCGUCACUUUGUAUUUUCUUUCUCAACUCAUUAAGGGUUUCCCCUUUUUUAGGUCCAGGAUGUGAAGUGCCUUAGUGUGUUUUGUUGGGAGGUGUGGGGUGGCAACCACUUGUUCCUGGUUUUUCAAUCCUGUGUUUAAAAUUUUGAUAUGUUGCGUAUCUCACUUAAAUUGUAUGGAAAAGUUAACGAUUUUUAAAAACUUUGAAAUUUUCACUGAGUCUCGGAUGUAUUGUUAUGUACUGUUCAGUUCUCCCAGCACCUGCCAGCUGGCUGGAAGCACAGCUGCCCCAAUAAAAGCAGCUUUACAAA